AUGAGCGGCCGCAGCCAGGGCCGAGCACGGCGUUCGAAGUCAGUCAGGCACUUGACCUCGGAAGACUACACUGCUGGUCAAGCGGGCUCGAUGAUUGUAGCCAGAUAUCCUCCUCAUGGCGGGCCAGAACCAGUUCUCUGGCAGGUGGAUCGCACCCGGUGCCCGCAUCUGGAGCCCUUGCUUGGAGGAGGCUCCUUCUGUUUGGUCUCUGGUGCCGGGCAUCUGACGAUUCAAAAAGGAGAGCACAUCGAGGAGCUUCAGCUCAAUGCCGAUCAGCACGAGGUCCAUGUGUUGCAGUCAGGUGCAUUUUAUGAAGUGGUCCCUGCGCCGGAGAUGGAGGUCUUGAGCCUGUCAGCCUCGCCCUCGAUCCAGCACAACAUGCGAAUCUUCAGCCUCUUCAAAGAGGAGAUGGUUGUGGUGGGCGAGGCGGAAUCGCUACUAGUCCUUUAUGGUGUACUUGGGACCUCUACUGCAUAUUUCCCACGUUUAUUGAAGCUUGGGCAGCAGAUGUGUCUUUGCCCCGACUGCCGUGCCGAUGGUGGUGGUGACGGGUUUAAGUUGAGAGAAGGGGAAACCUUAAUGAUGCACCCUGGCGACAGUAUCGGCGUCGUGGCGGUUGAUGGCCCUGCCAAGCUGGUUGCGAUCUCGAUUUGGACGAGGCAGAAGCCCAAUCCUCGGCUCUGA